UUCGGUUUUGAUUUUGGACCAUUCUAUGUUUUGACGUUGGUUUGUUUAUUUUGGUUCUGUUGAGUUUUAUUUUGGGCCUGAUUUGAAUAAAAAUCCAGAGUUUUCUUUAAAAAAAAAUCAAUCCAAAUAAAUAAAUAUUAUACCAAUCGACAAAAAAUAUUUGUCUUCCUCCCAUCCCCUCUUCUCUUUUCUCUUCUUUCUAUUUUCAAAAUCCUAAAUUUGAUUUGAAGAUUGAAUUUCUACUUUUUAUUUAUAAGAUUUUUAGUUGUCUUAGGCUCUACCUCCGCCUCUGCAUUGCUCUGCUAUAUUUUGAUUUGAGAUCCCGAUCGAAAAUCUUUUGUGAUCUUCAAAGAUGGGAGAAAGAAAAGUACUGAACAAAUGUUACCCGCCGGACUUCGAUCCGUCCAAGCUUCCGAGGGUCCGGCGACCGAAGAAUCAACAGAUGAAGGUUCGUAUGAUGCUUCCGCUGAACAUACGUUGUAAUACCUGCGGAAACUAUAUUUAUAAAGGCACCAAGUUCAAUUCACGCAGAGAUGUUAUCGGCGAGACAUAUUUGGGAAUCCAAAUAUUUAGGUUUUAUUUCAAAUGCACCAAGUGCUCUGCGGAGAUGACGAUAAAGACUGAUCCACAAAAUUCAGAUUAUGUUGUUGAAUCGGGUGCAACAAGAAAUUUUGAACCUUGGCGUGCUGAAGAUGCGGAAGCGGAGAAAGAGAGAUGGAAAAGGGAAUCUGAAGAAAUGGGGGAUGCGAUGAAAUCUUUGGAGAACAGAACGUUGGAUUCAAAAAGAGAGAUGGAUAUCCUUGCUGCGCUUGAUGAAAUGAAGUCUAUGAAGUCCAGACAUGCUACGGUGAGCGUAGAUUCAAUGCUGGAGGCCUUGCAACGCACUGCCGCAGAAAAGGAAAAGAAAAUAGAAGAAGAAGAUGAAGCCCUCAUUAAAUCGAUUUUCCAGAAGCCAAAGGAAUUUGUUCGAAGGAUUUCAGAUGAUGUUUGCAACGAUGAUGAGGAUCUGACCCGUUUAUUGAGUGGCAAUGGUGAAACCUCAAAUGAUGGCUUAAAGAUCUGACCCGUUUAUUGAUGGCUUAUGAAUUUUUUCCCGGGCCGGGCCGGGCCUGGGCAAAAUUCUAGGCCCAUAUUUCGGGCCUGGGUCUAGGACCCGGGCCAAAUUUUUUUUCUGGACCCGGCCCGGCCCAUGAACACCUCUAGUCCCGACAGAAUCAAUACGAAGUAACAAAAAAAAGUAGAUCAGAUUUUGCUUUUAUCUUCUUUUUCUUUCUUUUUUUCUCUUCGAGGCUAUGUAUAUAUACAUGUAAAGAUUUUUGUUUUUAUUUUCUCAUUAGUAUAUUCAUUAUUGUCAUUUUA